GCUUGCAAGGAAGUAAGAGUGCAGCAUCGAUCAUCUUACCCAAACCUCAAGUCACGGAAUCUAUCCGGCGAUAGUUAUGGCUGGCAACACAGGGAACUCGGGCUGGACCCAGCUUCGACAACAAGCGCGCACUUUAGAAAGUCAAACCGAGACGCUCUUCCAUACAUAUUCCCAGUUCUCGACCGCAGCGAACAUCCCGCCCAAGCCGACAGAGGAAGAACGUUCAACCGAGGCUAAGCUGCAAGAAGUUCUUGACAAGCGCGAGACUGUCAUCACCCAACUAGGUCGUCUCCUCGAUUCGGACCCUACUCUCACCUCUUCCGCUCUCAAGCAAAACAACCUUUCCCUCCUCCGCGAGAAACUCGCCGAACACAGGCGCGACCUAUCCCGCUUGCGCACUGCCCUCUCCCAGGCUCGCGAUCGCGCCAACCUGCUCUCCAAUGUCCGCUCCGACAUCGAUGAGUACCGAUCCCAACAGCAACUGCAGAACCCCGAGGCUGCCGAGGCGGACUACAUGCUCGGCGAACGUGCGCGCAUUGACAACAGCCACAAUAUGGCCGACAGCGUGCUGAGCCAAGCAUACGCCGUCCAGGACAGCUUCAACCUCCAGCGCGAGACGCUCGCCAGCAUCAACCGCCGCAUCACCCUUGCUGCCAGCCAAGUGCCGGGCAUCAACUCGAUCAUCGGAAGAAUAUCCGCCAAGAAGCGGCGGGACGGCAUUAUCAUGGGCACGUUCAUUGCCUUUUGCUUCCUUCUCUUUUGGUGGUUUCUAUAAUGUGGCACAGCGAUUGACUCUCUUUACCUUCUUUGUUACCCUUUGGACCGGCUAUGGAUUGAAUGACGCAAGGUUUUCUUCUCACUAUGGUAUUUGGCUAGCGAGGGAACUAAACCAGCAUGGAUGCGAGGGCGUUUGGGAGAUCGUUUUUAAUUAAGCAAGACGGGGUGUCUGCAUCGGGUAUGCUGCCCCCUGAUUUUAAUGUACAGGCAUAUUACACGGGUAUCUAUCUCCAAUUUAUCUGCGGGCUGAUGACAGCUGCCUGAUAGCUUGCCAGAAGAUAAUUUGGCCUCCGUUUCAGCCUCGGGAUCGCUCUUUAUUCGGAGAAUUUAAUGCGCGAAUGUC